UUGCCAUCAUGCGUUUAGGUGUCCCUAGGGCAUCCCCGCCUUGCCUCCGGAUGGCUGUUCUUAACUGGAUUGGGUUGUUGGCUCUCCGAGGAAAUCCAAAGAAUUUUACAGUAAGCGGGCCGCUUCUCCCACUACUUGACAUCAUGAUCGAGAAGAUGAACGUGUGUGUGGACUUGGUUGUGCCCUCUGACCUGCAGUAUGGCACCCAGCUAGACAACGGCUCCUGGACCGGUAUCGUCGGUCAGCUAGCAUCAAAGAAAGUGGACAUGUCUGGCGUGCCGGUGCUCAUAAACACCAAGAGGAACAAGGUAGUGGAUCCUGGUUUUCCGGUGAUGGGUGAUCCAGUGAGUUUAUCCUACAUCAGACCUGCCCAGCGUGCAGACCUCGCUGGAUUCGUCAAACCUUUCACUCUUCAGGUGUGGAGUUCCUUACUAGCUGGACUGGUGGUAGUCCUGGUAGGAUUGGUAGUGGUGCAAGUAAGCGAUGCCCGUCUGUACGAACACAAUAUCAGUGCAAAAGAAUCCCAAGCUGGAAAACGUGAGGCUUUGUGGGCAGCAUUGCAGUGGACAGUUGCUGCGCCCCUUGCUCAGGCGUGGUGGCGCGAGCCUCGAGAAGGACAAGUGCGACUCCUUGCUGGAAUCUGGCUGCUGUCUUCCUUUGUCCUGGCCACUGUGUAUCGCUCCAAUCUCAAGGCCAUGCUUAUCUUGCCGCACUUCAACCUCCCCUUCAAUUCCAUAGAUGAAUUUCUACAAACAGACAUUAAAUGUUUUGUUGUGGAGUCUUCAGUAGUCCAUGAGAGUAUAAAGGCAUCAACACCAGGUACGGCCCUUCACAGAAUGAAAAAACAGUUGAUAGUGCAUACCGAAGACCAAUUAGCUGUUAAGGACUUUCUGGAGGGGAAAUAUGCUGGAAUGGCUGGGUACUACAGUUUGCUAACUGUUGUGCAGUUCAGCUUUGACAAGACGAAAACCUGCCGAUAUUAUGUGGCCGACACUCUCUUUGGGAGCCUCACUUUCAGCUUUCUCUUCCCCAAAGGAUCCAAACUUAAACCAAAAGUUGAUUACAUUGUGAGCACCCUGAAGGACACCGGCAUUGUGGAUCACCUGCUCAGGACGAACGUUCAAGAAGCCAAAGAAUGCGUUCAAUCGCAGGCCUCCAUCACUCUCGACACGACGCUCAGGCCUCUGGCGUUAGGAGAUUUCUUCGGAGUAUACUUUCUCUAUGGCGCAGGUAUCCUAACAGCAAUCUUUGCUUUCCUGAUGGAGCUAUGCCUCCGUUGAUGGUCAUCCCCGUGCCUACUUGAGCCUCGCCUCACACAACUUAGCUUUUUUUAUUUCUUAUUUUAUAAAUGAGUAGGGAGUGGUAAUCACCAUGCUGCCUAGAAUAAACAGUGAAGAAAACUGUCUGUCAUUAUUUUUUCUUUAUUGAAUAAUACUAACAAUAGUAGUAAUAGUAAUAGUAGUAAUAAAAAUAGACAUAGAAAUGAGUAAAAAAUAAUAAUAGGAAUUAUAAUAAUCAUGA